AUGACGAGUCAAGUUUUUGGAAAAAGCAUUGCGAAAAUGGGAUGUAGAAUUAAAAGCUUGGCUUCUUGUCGACAAUUGUCUCGCUCCGCCCCCCUCCCUCCCCAUAUCGCUGAUUUUACUGAAAACUUAGAAACCGGCAUACAUGUAGACGAGAACUUAGCAAGAGCAGCUUUACUCACUGAUGAAGAAAUCUUUGAUUCAGUGAAGAAAAAUGAGGAGGAACAAGGCGGUGAAGAAGACGAUGUAUAA